ACAUUCUGAACACAGUGUGUGAUCACUUCAAGUUUGGGAUUUGUUUCCGUGGAAAUGGAGCCUCCAGACUUUGAAGCCAUGAACUUGACGACGGAGCCGUCAGUAGCUCACCCGUUGUGCGUGCAAUGGAUAGACGGCUCCCAGGGUUCCGUCUUCCACCUGGCCAACAUAUUGGUCUUUCUGGGUUUGAUGGGGGGCAGUGGAUUCUAUGGUCUGCUCUACCUUUUCUCCUGCCUGUCUCUGGGCUUCUUCUGCUCCUGUAUUUGGGCAUGGUCAGACUUGUGCACCCCGGACACUUUCCUGUGGAGUUUGGCGCUGUUUGUGGUCUGUUUAACACAGCUGCUGUUUGUCGCCUAUCAACUGAGGAGCGUCUCUUUUGAUGCAGACUUUGAAGAACUUUAUAACUGCAUGUUCAAAAAGCUUGGAGUGUCUCUGACCCACUUUGCACAGAUAGUGUCUUGCUGUGACAGAGAGAUCCACACCCUGGAGGAAAGCCAGUGCUUCGCAGUGGAGGGAAAAACAGGCAUCGAUAAGCUGUGUGUGCUUCUGUCUGGCAGAAUUCGUGUGACUGUUAAUGAAGAGUUUCUGCAUUACAUCUAUCCCCUUCAGUUUCUGGAUUCACCGGAAUGGGACUCUCUCCAACCAUCAGAGGAGGGUGUAUUCCAGGUGACUCUCCAUGCAGAAAACAGCUGCAGAUAUGUGGCGUGGAGAAGGAAGAAACUUUAUCUACUUUUUGCCAAGCACCGCUACAUAGCCAAGAUCUUUGCACUGGUUGUGCGCAAUGACAUUGCAGAGAAAGUGUACUCUCUCAAUGACAAGGUUUUGAACGGCUCCGGGCGCCGCUACGACCUCCGCUUACCAAGUUUCUGUCACAUGCCAGGAACAGAAUUAGAAACAGCAGAUGUCUUCCGUCAUGUGCCUGUAGUGUGUGAAACCUGAGGCCUCAGACUGUGACACUCACUGGGCCUCAUGUAUCA